UUUUUGAAAAUGUAUCCUGCUUCAACUAAUGACGAUAUUUUGCCAGAAUCCCAGUUAAGAAAAAUGGGGAGCGUCGAAGGACCGCAAACGUUUUGUUUGAAGUGGAAUCACCACAAGACCAACUUGGUGGAAAUCCUAGAAGCUCUCAUCAAAGGAGAGACAUAUGUGGACUGCACAUUAGUGGUCGACGACCAGGUCACCUUUAAGGCCCACCGAGUUGUUCUGGCUGCUAACUCUCCGUACUUUCAGUCCAUAUUAGCUGAUGUUCCAAUGGAUCACUGCAGCAUCCUUUUCCCGGGUGUUAAAGAUUACGAGAUGCGUGCGCUCCUUGAAUACAUGUACACGGGAGAGGUGAACGUGGCGCAAACUCACAUCCCACACAUUAUGAAAGUAGCUGAACAGCUGGAAGUAAAAGGUCUCUUCGACAUGACUGAGCUACGACGGCGGCCAGGCAGCACGGAGCGCACUCCAGCGGCGUCCCCGCCGCGCGUGGUGCCCGCUGCGCCCUCCAGCGUGUCUCCGCCUGCACCCGCACCUCCCUCGCGAUGGCCACCACCACCUUCUGCACCUGUCCUUUCUGCUGCCUACGACUCCGCUGAUAUGAAUCCUCUCAAACGUAAGAAAUUGUCUAGUAUGCUAGCCACACGUGACACCCCAAUUUUAAGAAAUGUUCUUGCUCAAACAUCUCCGGUGGAUUCAUCGCAGCCAAUGUCUCUCGUUUGCCAUCCUGUUAGCCAACACGCACCACCUCGCCUGCACUCCAAUGGUUCGGCACAUGAAUCUGAACGCGCCCCGAGUCCUCACCGCGGUUUCGACUACCGCCCUCGUAGACUAUCCUCACGAGCUUCAUCCCCUCAUUACAACAGAUCAGACCGGUCAGAAGAUGCUCACUCUCCAUACACCGAAAGAUCCUUUGAAGAUGAAAACCAACGCACAUUCCACCCGUCACCACCACCAACUAAUUUUCAACCAGACGUGAGAGCUGGGUUAGCCCCGUACGUUCCACCUCAACAGAAACCCGAAUGGAAACGAUAUAAACAAUACACAAGAUCGGAUAUUUUAUCAGCAAUUGAAUGUGUGCGAAACGGGAUGAGUGCCUUGCAGGCAUCACGCAAAUAUGGCGUUCCCUCGCGGACAUUGUACGAUAAAGUGAAGAAACUUGGAAUAACAACCAGUCGCCCCAUGAGUCGGGGAGUCAAAAGAGAAUCUAAUGGAGCCGCAUUCCCAUAUGGUUUGACUGGAGCGGGAGGCGGAGGUGAAGAUGGCAACCCAUCGACGGCUCUAUUAGAUCCCUCUUUUCUGCAACAAGCGUUAGAAGGGGCUAGAGACGGAGGGCGGGAAGCACUUCAUGCGAUGGCACUGGCUGCAGCCGCACACGCCGCCCUAGCACCCCGCACGCCACCACGAUCACCGCCACAUUCACCACGCUCGCCUGCGCAGGACGAUAAUCAUGUUGAAGAUUUGUCUGUACCUCGUCGUCGUGAUAUAGACCAGCCCCCUGGUGUUAUUGUUCCGCCGCGUAAUUUUGCGUUAGAUUGUGGAAGCGAAAGAGAUUGAAAAAACGACAACGUGGAAUGUACAUUCGAAAAGACUGAAUUAGUCGUACAAAGUUAGAAGUAAGGCACUUAUGUAGGCUAACUGGUAGGCCGUGCCGCGCGCGCACGCCGCCGAUGACCGGGCGCUCCGGCCGGGUGAUUGCAAUGGGCCCCGCGGCCACUUUUCUUCUACCUCUUUUCUUCUCUAUUUAUUUCAAAGUGUCGUGAAAGCUUGAAAACGAAAUCAAAUUUCCGUUUGGCGCUAGCGACACCCUUUGUGAUUUUAUUUUUGUUUAUUUCUUCUCUAGUUUUUUUGUUUUAUAACAUAUAUUUUCUUUGUUAAUAAAUAGCAGAAUAAGUUAGCUUUAACUAGUAUUUAAUAUCUUAUUAGUUGAACUGGUAACUUCAUAUGGCCGAAGGGCCAGCAGGCAGCGUCGGCCAUGCUGCCGCGCCCUGGGCGGUUCCGCCUAGACAUGUUAUUGUGCAAUUUGUUGUCCGCGACUGUGAUGUUUAUAGACUGAAAUGCCGCUACUACCUCACGCUAGCCACAGCUACUCUAGUCCACCGCGUCGCAGCAUGCCAUACUAAUACGUGAAAUAGUGAAUGACCCAAUAUAUCCUAACUUGAAGGACAAUACCGAAGAAUCCUUGCAUGCGACGCACUCACGUCACCGCGGAUAGCGACGUUAUUUGAAACUGACCACUAUACUACCAAGAUUACUUAUAGUUUCCUUACGUUACGGGUUAGAUUAAUUUAUUAAUUUGUUAGUCGAUUGCCAUAAAUGUUCAUUGUUAAAUAUCUAGUUGUGCUCACUAUAUCUUCAUAUAAAAUGUUUUGCACAAGCACGGUGGUUCAUAUUAGAGUUAAGAUAUUGCAUCAACACUUAGUUAAGAAUGCUCAAUGUUAUUAUUAGGUUUGUGGUAAAUAGAAAAUCGUUGCAAUGCGCUGUUAUACGAAAAAUGUCUAGUAUAUUUUUCAUAUUGAUUUACGAGUGUAAUACUUAGAUACCGUGUGAUUUCCUCUUAAGAUUUGUUGUUCUUAUUUCUUGUAUUCUCAAAUGAUCUAAUGUACAAAGCUGCACAUUUUCACUCUUAACUUCUUUUAUCGACCUACUUUUUUAUAAUUAUCACAUCUUUUAAUAUCUACAUGAUUUCUAAGUGUCAAUGUAUAUUGAAAUCCUAAGAGUAACCAUAUAAUUUUAUGUAAUUCUAAGUUAAUGAUCACAUUACUUAUUAUUUGGUAAUAAUUGAUUGGAAGACUGAUUUGUUACUUUAGUCUAGUUUGAAAAUGCCAUAGAUAUCUACGAACGUAUCUACCUUAAUGUGUAUGCAAAUAUUAUCUAAAUAAUUAAUUAAUUUAAAUCACGGAUUGUGUGUGUAGAAGCUACACUUCGGUAGGUCUCACUAUUUUGUGCCUUUGUUUGUUGUAAUUUAAACAUUAUCUAUGUUAGGACAUUCCAGUAGGUGUACCUUAGGCACUCUUGUGUUCUGUGGUUUGACACCACUUUAAAGGCGUUAGCAAUCAUGUACGGUGUCCUCCGGUACCGUCCAACUAAUCGCCAUAAGAAUUAAAUACCUCACAUUUUUUGUUAAUUAAAUGUUAAAUUGUAAUUAUUAUAUAUCCAUUUUUGUGCCUACGUAAAUAUAAGUCAAAACGUAUGAUGUUAUUGCACUACUAUAGCUCAUAAUUUGAGUUUUGAAAAUAUUGUACCUAUGUACUUUACUGUGUAGUUCUACUGUAUCUAUACUCUUAAGUUAUAAUAGAUCGAGUUUGUUUAUCUCGUAACUACAUAUUAUUAUAGUAAGAACUCUAUAUUUACAGAUAAUAUAAUGUUAUAAAUAUAAAUUAAACGUUUAAU